AUGGGUAUACCGCAUCUAACACGACUUUUACUUCCAUAUUCGGAAGCAGUGCUUCUUAAGGGUGGUCAAAGUGCCGAGGAGGGGAGAAUACACAUUCAAUCUGUUGUGAUUGAUGGCCCCAGUCUGGUUUAUCAUGUCCAUUCAAGGUUGCUGGGAUGGUCCGACAGCCGACUCGAAUUCCCUGAUAUGCAGCCAUCAUGCAACGAAGUUAGUUGCGGGGUGAUGUUGCAUCUCUUGAAGUUAAGAAACCUGGGAGUUGACAUAAAGGCAAUAUGCUUUGAUGGAGCUUUGCCGGCCCGAAAAAGAGAGACAAGACGAUCUCGACUCGAAAGGGCAAGACGAAAGCUUGAGAUAGCUCGUAAAAAAAUCAGUUAUGGUUCUCCCAACUACACGCCUAUCGACACAGAAUCCAAGCUCGAAACGAUACUGCGAGGACGGGCGUUGACUCCUAAACACAGAGAAUGCCCUGACAAUCCCUUUAUGGUACCGGCUGUCUUCGAAGAUCUCAAGCAUCGAUGGAAUAAGGAAAACAUCCUUCAAGCUGUGCGGGGCUCCAUAUUGUUAGUCGACUCAGCUGCAUUACAAGAUUUUCCUUGGGCAGAUGUCACAAUCAUGGUCGCAGGGGAAGCAGAUAUGCAUUGCGCAUACCUGGCGAAACUCACAGGAUCUGCGAUACUUACUAAUGAUUCGGAUCUUAUACUUCAUGAUAUCGGGCCGCAUGGUACGGUCGUGCUUCUUCAUUCGUUAGAAUUGGAAAAUACGUACAGCGGCCGAUUAAUAGACGUGCCACUUCAAGCGGUGCAGCUACAUCCAGCAUCACUCGCUCAACGCUUUGGGUUGGCUGAUUUACUGCGCCUAGCAUAUGAACUUAGACUUCACCCAAAUUCAGGAUUAACGGAGCUGAUACGGCUUGCAAAAAAGACCCUCGGACCCCAAGGGUCUGCAGGCUAUUUGGAAUUCUCAGAGGAAUAUAAGAAGGGCCCAGAACAUGCAGAAUGGGGGUUUGCGAAUUCUCAUCACCUUGACCCCAGAGUCUCAGAGUUGGUCUGGCAAUAUGAAACCCAAGAAAACAAUUCAUGGGACGAAUUCCCUCGGUUUUAUCUUGCAAUUCUAAACGAAGAUCAUACCAGGCGGUGCGCGUGGGAGAAUGGCUUCUCAUAUAGAGUUCUAGGCUAUUCGAUCUUUAAUGCCUCGCGUCCACCGUCUCGGAGAUCUUGCUUCAUCGAUGAGUUUGUACGACGAGGGGGAAGAAUUGCAAGGGAUACUCUAGCAAUUCGUGAUGCAGGCUGGAUCGCAGAUCAAAUGACGGCUUUCUAUGCACGUCUCAGUGUAGUUCGAGAUGCCCUGGGCGAAAAUGCCAUGACCACAAACUUAUGGAGAAUAUUUGCACUGUGUGAGAUAUAUGGUUUGGGGGACAGUGGCUCUCCGCUUCCCGACGCUAAGCCAUUUAGCAGAUUCCUUAAUUUUGGCUAUAUGGGUGAUCAGACAGACUGGGCAGACAUACACCUUACGGCGCAGGUCCAAGCUGUGCUUUAUUCUCUGAGAAUUAUGAGACAACUGAUUGGGUUCACGACUUCGGCCAACGAUCUCAUGCUCAAAAUACAGGACGCUCUUAUGAGCCUCCCCCCACUUCACGUGCUGAUGAGAUCGAGAUUCGAGAUGGUGAACGAGUACCUUACUGAAGAUGCUGCUGGUGAAUUUCUGAAGAGAUACAAACAGCUAGCGAGAUGA